AGAAUCUUCUCAUUUAGAGAUUCAGAUACGCAACAUAUGGCACUGAAGUUGUAAUCUGAAGAUACUGAAGACUCGUAACUUCCAGUGGCUGCCACAAGAAAUUAGAAGUGGUAUCUCCAGGAGCUCGGUUGUGGUGGUCCUGGGGUGUUCACCCACUGCCAGCGCAUGUUGCUGUGUGCUGUCCAUCUGCCUGCCUUCUGGCUUCAAUGAGCGUGGGGAUUUCACUGGUUUUUGUUAGUCCCUGAAGUAAUCCUUCUUCAGUGUGAAAAUGGAACACUAAAAGAACAAGUUGACGACAGCACCAGAAAAUAAAGUGAAAAUAUGUCACCAUUUAGUGAGUACAACCUGAUAACAGACCAACAUAUAAAGAGUCACGUGAGAUUUGUGGAUAAGAGUAGCUGAGUCAAGGACAUCUGUGGGAAUUACAGGAAUCUGCUGCCUCUGAGGAUAAGGUCCAAUAAGGUCAAUGACCUAAUUAAUAUCAGGCUCAUCAUUAUAUUCAUUUUUCAGGAAGGUUUUAAUUUGCCAUCCUUACAGCCUGUUACCGCUGUUACAGCCUUACCACUGAGGUACUUUUCAUGGCUGCACCUUUUGUAGAAAUCCAGAGCUGCAUAACAUGUGCUAUCUUAUGUACUCAGAACACAAAAAUAAAAAAGUCCCUGCCAAAUUCUUUGGAAGAGGGCUCAUGUGGCUCCUGGAUACCCAGUAGUGCUUACUGUAUUCAGAAGAACACAGUAUAAUAUUGGUGUUGGGCAAAAUACCACCUUGUCUAAUGGAACUAUAAAGCCAAACAAACCACCAGCAUUGCUGCUAACUUGAAUUGAAGAUAUUUCACAAAUGCCACUUUCAAGGAGUCCCUUACACAGGUGAGGAAAACCAUAAAUUGGCGAGGGAUAUUUUUUAAGGUCAGUAACGUGUUGAGUGGGAUCUGGCUCAUACCUGAAUAUAGCAGCUCUGCAAUGCACUGUGCUGCAUCGUACCUAACAUUUAGAGGGAAGGUUCCACAUCCUUCCUCUGCACUGGUUUCCAAUAGAGUAUGAAUGAUAAGUGGGCCUUGUGAGAUGUUUGAGUGUUGGAAAUUGCUAGUCUGGAAAGGUACACAAGAUUAAAUGUUAGUCUCUCAAAUCUCACAAGUUUACCUCAGAAACAUUUUUACAAUACCUUUGGAGAACACUUAUUCUCCUUGAAUAACCAGCAGUGGCCUAAAGUAUAAUAUAAUGAUGUUUAUAUACCACUCCACUGCCUCUAUGAAUGUACUUCAGUCAGUUUUGCAUAAUACUUAAGCUGUGAAGGUAAGAGAUGCUGCAGUGCUGCCGUCAGCCAGCUCUUCAGCAGCACUCGGAGAGGUGGCACCAGGCUGAGUGCUUCCGGAUGGGAAACAUGGGAAUCACUUCAAAUACUUUGAAAAGUGGGAAAACCAACUGAGCUACACCGUGUGGUCUCCAGCUGAGCAGGGAUAGAAGGUUAAGGGCCUAUAAUUAAGACUGAGCUAUGCACUUUCUGCCGACCCUGGCACAGGGUCCUGUGUAGGGAGCCCACCACAGGAGGAGGUCUGCCGAGCUAGCUUGUGCUCCGCCGCCACAGCCCUGUGCCUCUUUCUGGAGAACACACAGUGAAAAACCAGCUAGCGGGUAGGCCUCUCCCUCAUUGAAAGGCAGAUUUGCCAUGCUGAGGUGCUGCCAUGGGCCGUUGGUGCAGCCUGGGUAUGCCCUUCCCUCGGGGACAGGCCGGCUCUGCUGGCAGUGUGUGCCUGAGGGCCGCCCAGCCUGGCCCAGUCCCACAGCCCUGGGCUGUGCCUGCCCCAAGGGAUGCGUGUGGCUGGGGAGCACUUCGUGCAGUGAGACAGCUCGGGCUUCUUCACUGGCGAAUAAGGUCUUUGGUCUGCUGGAGCCUUUCACCGAAAUCAAGGGUGCUGUAAGAAACUGGGAUGGAACAGAAGAGGGCAGGAUAAUCCCAGAGAAGGAGAGGAGUGGUGUCAGUGAUGCGAUGAUGGGGACAAGUGACCCCACAGAGUGGUCCCUGUCUCCUGAAGACAGUGAAAAACAUUUGCUGACGCUACAGACGGUGUGUUUAAGGGCUGAGGAAGAUGACGUUGAGGGCUUCUGUCACAUAACUGCCCACUCUCAGGAGGAGGUGAUGCUGGCGGUGCCAGCCACAGUGGCCGUGGUGGUGCAGCAUGGGCAGGGCGUGCCAGUGAGCGGGCACGAGGCCGUCUGUGAUCUGUGUGACUUGGGCUUGGUGCAAAUUAACAUUCUGCAAGAAGGGAAGGCAGAGAGUUCAGAGAACAAGUCAGUGGAGGGAGCACAUGACAUGCUGCUGAUUGAGGUCCAACAACUGGCCCAAUCUGAAGAGGAUGGAGGAAAGGAAGCAGAAGGUCUGAGCUGUAAAGCUAGUGAUGAUUUGUCAGACUCGCAUGAUGAAGAUAAAAACCACAAAUAUGCAUCUCCAUCAGUACAAGCAGUUAUAAGAAAUCCCAAGUAUCUAAAAUCUCAAAUGAGUGCUUCACCUCAGAAGAAAGAAGAAAAAGCAGUCUUCAGCUGUGAGUUGUGUACAUACACCUCGCUCAAGAUAUCAAGUCUGAACCGUCACAGGAAAAUCCAUUCUAAAGAAAAAUGUCACGUGUGUCACAUCUGCCUCAAGGCUUUUCGAACAGCUGCUCUCCUGCAGAACCACCUGAAUGUGCAUACAGGCACCAGGCCCUAUAAAUGCAGUGACUGUGAUAUGGCAUUCGUGACCAGUGGUGAGCUUGCACGGCACAGGCGUUACAAGCAUACCUUUGAAAAACCUUUCAAGUGUUCAGUGUGUAAAUAUUCAAGUGUAGAAGCAAGUAAACUGAAGCGACACGUUCGCUCACACACAGGAGAGCGUCCUUAUGCAUGUUACCUUUGCACUUAUGCUGGCAAAGAUGCAUAUAAACUGAAAAGACACAUGGCAACUCAUUCAGGUGAAAAACCACAUGAAUGUUACAUUUGCCACACCAAAUUUGCUCAGAGUGGUAACAUGAAAGCACAUAUGCUAAGGAAGCAUGGAGAAAAUGUGCCAAAAUACCAGUGUCCACACUGCAGUACCUAUAUUGCACAGAAAAGAGAUUUGGGUGUCCACUUGCAAAAUGUGCACUCACACAUGGCAGUGGCAGGUCAGUGCAGUCACUGUGAAGCUGCUUUUCACAACCAUUACGCUCUUACUCAGCACAAGAAGAUUCACAGGGAUGGAAGAAGUUUCGAAUGUGAUCAGUGCAGCUCUGCAUGCAAGCAGGAAUGUCAUUUAAUUGUACAUAAACGAACUCAUAGUGGUGAGAAGUCUUUCACUUGCUCAUGCUGCAGCAAAACCUUUCAACAGAAACAGCUUUUCACAGUUCACUCUAAGAAGCAUUGUGAUUCCAGUGUGAAAUCUACAGCUUAUGAAUCUAAAUGUGGCAAGGGCUCCUCACUCUGGGGAAGAUACUUUGUUUUAAGGAAUCUCUGUGGAGUUAUCUUUAAGUAUUUGGUAUUUUACUGUUAGGAAGAACAGAGAAUAGGAAGCAGUUUACUGGGUGGAAUGUUAACUCCUUAGUGCUUAACCAGCAGAGCAGAUUUUUGAUGUCUUUUUUUUUCCAAACAUUACACUGAUCCAUUAAUAAUUGAUACUUAAUAAUUAAUAAUAAUUAAUUAAUAAUUAGUUAUAAUUAGUAAUAAUUCUAGUAUUCCCCUUUUGGCAGAGAAUGGCUGCCACAUCGUACAUUCAGAGUUGGUACUGGCUUGUAUAGCCUGGUAUGGAAGUUAUUCAUUUGGAGUAUAGUAGCCUUUUCAAACUAAGAACAGAGGUAUGAAUUUUAAGACAGAUUGAGGAACUCAAGAAGAUAAGUGAAGGGAAAGAGUGCUAGGAUCAGUUCAGCAAGAAAAUUACUAUGAAAUUAUUACUCACUUAUUCAAACGCUGUAUGCUGUGAGAAUGUAUAUCCAUUUCUGGAUUAAAUGUGCAAAUUUCUGAAACAAAUGUAACCUUUUUUUUCCCACAGAUUUUGCAUUAUUGCACAUGCACGGAUCAGAAAAAAAAAAGAAAGAAUGAAUAUAAGAUCGGAUGCACAGUGUUCCUCUCAAACAGAAUUUUAGCAUGUGUUCUGAACAAAUCUUCAGGAGUUUUGUGGAGGCUGUUAACUAAGUUAGCCCUUCGCACAAAAUUUGCCUGCCAAAACAAUAUUUGUUGGGGAUUUUUUGUGUGUGUGUGUUAAAGCACUUACACAUAUUAAUAUUUGAUUCAUGUAUUUAUGGUUCAUUGUG